CCCUAUUGUCACUGCAACCAGACCUAUAUAAAUCCGCCUUGACAGACAGCAUUCACCACAUAGCCUUACCUCUGCUGGAUCACCGACCGGGCAAGAACCCCCCAUCACACGGAAUAAAAUGUCACUCUCAUCCAUCCUUUCCGCUGAUGCCAUCGACAGUGCUAUCAAGGACUGCCAAGCACCGGACUCCUUCUGCCCCAAGAAGUUUUUCCAGAUUUGUGGCCUCACCAAGAAGAGCCCCCAGGAUGUGAAGAAGGUUUUUGGGAUCCUGGAUAAUGAUGCCAGUGGUUUUAUUGAGGAAGAAGAGCUCAAGUUUUUCCUCCAGAGGUUUAAUCCUGGGGCUCGUGUUCUGACCGAAAAGGAGACCAAGAACUUCCUGUGUGCUGCUGAUGACGAUGGCGAUGGCCAGAUUGGAGCAGAGGAGUUCCAGGCCAUGGUCUUGUCCUAAACAACUGGACUCCAUGUCAACUUAAUCCGACCCCCCGAACCCGCCCCUAUUCCACUGCUUCAAAGGCUCUCGCAUAGUCAUUUUCCAUCUAGUUAGAUGAAACCUUUACUAUAUUUUUUUAUUUUGCAAGACUCUCUCUGGUCCAUGGACAUACAUCAUCAUGUUUUUCUUCUCUUUCUUUUUUCAUAUGUUUUAGACAGAUUGUAAAGCUGUA